AUGUGCAAAGAAGAAGGCAUCAAUAUUGACUUGAAAUUUCAGGACAACUCAAGCAUACUUACUGCUAUUGACUCUCAGGAUGCCAAGUCUGGGCUGGGAAUCUUGCCAUUGCUGGAGGAGCAAUGCAACCUUCAGUCUGGCAGCAACGAGGCCUUCACACAGUCAUGCCACCGGAGGUUUGGGAAGAGUCCGGUGAAAUGCUAUGUGGAGCCCAAGUUGGCUGCCAGAGAGCACUUCGAGAUCCUGCAUUCGUGCUGCCCUGUACGCUAUUGCACCAGUCAUUUUCGGGAGAAGAACAUGGAUGUCAUGCCGUCAGAGGUGUUGCAGGUGCUCAGUACUUGGGAAACAUCCAGAGGGUUGCCGGGAUGUUUCCGGUAUGAUGCUUUUGGCAAACACAUUUUGACAGUAUUUGACAGUUGA